AUGAUAACGUAUUAUAUUCUAACUUUUCUAUAUAUUCUUCAUGUGACACAUUCAAUACCUGCAAAGCGGCCAUUUUUGGGUUCCCGUAUUCUACCUGAACAGAAACCCACGAAAAAGCCUUUGGGAUACAUCGAGGAUACAUACUUGAACUUCACACAAUUAACCACAAAGUACGGAUACAAUUCAGAACGACAUACAGUCACCACAGAGGAUGGUUAUGUACUGACAGUUUUCAGGAUACCUCCCAAGUGUCAAGUUGCAAAAGGAUUUCCUGUCAUACUCGGUCAUGGCAUCUAUGACAGUGCAGACACAUGGAUUCUCACAGGCCCUGAGACUGGACUGGGAUAUAUUUUAUCAAACAAUUGCUACGACGUCUGGGCUGUCAACUAUAGAGGAAACAUCUAUUCUCGCAAACAUUUACGCCUCGACCCAGAAAAGGAUUCAGCUUAUUGGAUGUUUUCAUUUGACGAAAACGGGUAUUACGAUUUGCCAGCCGUAAUAGAUUAUGUUUUAGAUGUGACUAAACAGAAAAGAGUUUAUUAUAUAGGUCACUCACAAGGCACCACUAACUUUUUAGUCAUGGGAUCUUUGAGACCUGAUUAUAAUGAAAAGGUUCAGCUAUCAAUCCUACUGGCACCCGUGGCCUGGAUGAAGAAUAUACAAAGUCCUAUUCCAAAACUAUUGUCACGACAAUCCAAACAAAUAAGAACUGCCCUUGAAUCUAUGGGGUUACAUGAGCUUUUCGCCAAACAUCAGUUUACACAUUUGGUGCCGGAACAACUUUGCCAAAUAGCCCCGAAUGAAAUAUGCGGCACCGCAUUAGCGUUAGCAACAGGCUACACUCUCGGAACAAUCACAUCAUACAACUUAGCAAUUGUUGUCGGACACGCUUUUGUCGGUUCUUCUGUUAAAACUCUAGCUCAUUUUGGGCAAUUGGUUUAUUCUGGGCAGUUCCGGCGUUUUGACGAAGGAAAAGCGAAAAAUAAAAGAAAAUACGGCUCACCAAGGCCUCCGAAAUACAAUGUAUCUCUUGUCACAUCCCCUAUAGUACUAUUUAGUGCUAGAAGCGACUGGUUGUCAUCAAUGAAAGACGUUAAUAUAUUGUCUUCAAAAUUACCAAACUUAGUUGAUAAUUAUGUUGUACCAGAACCAACGUGGAGCCACAACAAUCAUGUUUGGGGAGUCAACGCUACCGAAUUGGUGUUCAAGAAAAUUUUACAGUAUUUUGAAAAAUUUAAUACUUGAUGUGAAACUUGAUCUCUCAAUGAAUUUAAGAGUACAGUGAAAUGUGAAACUAAAGAUGGAUUAAGUAAGUUUUUCUGGUCAAAAAGGUCCUUGCACUUAACGUAUUAAAGUGAAUUAAGGAUUACUUGUUUCGGAAAGUAAGUUGAUGAUGUUAAAAAACCUGACUUUUCGUAAGGUUACGAGUAAUCGUAGAUCGUAAGUGCAUACGUGAAAGAACUUUAAGAUGAUAAUUGCAGUUGUUUUAAUAAAAUAUUUAUUAAUCGAGCGUGUCGAAAUUUCUACUAACUAAAAUGUUACCUAUAAUUAACGAAAAAUAAAGUUUUGUCCACAUACGUUAC